AUCUAAUCUAACAAAGUGUCAGGAUGAAAGAAACACUGUGGCUGCUCUUUCUGACCUCACAGCUGAGCUGCACAACAAACCAAGCCUCUCUGACUGUGAGUCCCAGCUGCUCUCAGCAUUUUGAAGGAGAGUUUGUCUCUCUGAGCUGUGAGGAAGACGACAGCUCUGCUGGAUGGACGCUGAGGAGGAACACAACCAGAGAAACCAGGACUCAGUGUGGAGCUGACUGGGGAAGAUCAGCUGGUUCUUCAUGUAACAUCAGCUACAUCGACCCAUUGGACAGUGGAGUUUACUGGUGUGAGUCCAGAGACGGAGCAACCAGUAACACCAUCAACAUCACUGUCACUGGUGGACCAGUGAUCCUGCAGAGUCCUGUCCUCCCUGUGAUGGAGGGACAUGAUGUCACUCUGCACUGUGAAACAAAGACCCCUCCCUCCAACCUCCCAGCUGGUUUCUAUAAAGAUGGCUCCCUCAUCAGGACUGAGCCUACAGGUCACAUGACCAUCCACCAUGUUAACAAGUCUGAUGAAGGCCUCUACAAGUGUAACAUCAGUGGUCGUGGAGAGUCUCCAUCCAGCUGGAUCUCUGUCACAGGUGAGGAGGUUACCUUUGAUUUCAGGACUUAUUUCAUCCAGAGAUUCACCUGAGCAGGUGGAUUCUCUCUACAGAUAUACCUACAACCACAGCACCGCCUCCUGCCUCAGUCCCCCUCCAGCUUGUGUUCAGACUGAUCCGCCACCUGGUGGUGUUCUGUCCGUACUGCAUCUCCACUGUCCUCAUGGUGUCUUUAUAUCGACGCAGGGCCACAGGAAAUGACCUGCCCAUCUCCAUGGUGAUGACCCCGCCCACCCAGGUUGAGGAGAAAGUGAAUGAUAACAGUUAUGAUGUCAUCACUGUCACCACAGAGCAUCACUUCUGAGCACCUAACAGUGUUGGAGCACUAGGCGAGAUUUUAUAUUGGCUGUUUUUGAGUGGGGACCGUAAUGGCAGAAAAUGCUUCUCCUUUUAUCAUGUUCUAUUAUUACUAUUAUUAUUAUUACUAUUAUUGUUUAUGUCAUAUAUAUAUUGUUUUUACUCAUUAUUAACCUUUUUUACUCUUAUUUAUAUGUAUAUUGCUUUCAUUCUUAACCUGUUAUUCCACUCAUUAUAUUAGUCUGUCCAUUGAUGUAGGGUUUAGGUCAGAGUUGAGAGAUUGUUUUAGUGUUUUCCUUUCUUGCCAUUCCUCUCCUCUCCUUGAAUAUUCAUUCAUGGCUGGAAAGGAUCUCUGUUCCCCAGAAACAUAGAAACCUAGACCGUGUAUAUGAUUAUGCAUCCAUUUGCUCUGGGCAGACGCUCAAAACUACCCUAGGCGGCAGAUCUCUGGACCAGCUCAUUUUCUGUUGUAGAAUUUCUCUGUUCUCUUUUAUUAAAAAAUUCUUCAAAGACAACGGGUUGUUGUAACUAAAUUAUUUGCUCAAUCCCUCACUAGCAAUAUACAAUUUCCACAAAAUGUUUCAUUCAUUGUCUGUAUUCUCAAACUUUCACCUCAGUUAUUACAUUUUUAUAUUGCAAAACAUCAAAAUCUGGCUGCGACUUACAGCCAGUCUUGGAGUAAGGUUGGUGUCUGACAGAUGGAAAUAAUGUGUUUUACCAGUAAGCCAUAGCAAGCAGUUGAGUAAGCAGCAGUUAUGGUUAAAGUUGCUAUUGUUAGUUGCAGCAGUGACAGUACAGUACUUUUGUGUUUUGUUAUUUUUCAUGUGCACAAUGUCAUUCUGUUGUAGUUACUAGAGGGCUCCAGCAGAGGGAAGGUAAAACUGUUGCUAUGUUACGGUGCACCUCACUUCCUCCCAUCAGUCAUUACACAAAUGAUCUAAGGAAAGUUUGUGUCCAUUCAUUCAACUAUUCCCCUUUUCAGGUAUGAGUCUCUUAUAAUAUGUGUUAUUGUUUAACAGAGUGUUAUGUGAAUUUGUAUGUGUGUCAAGGAGAGUGUUUUAGCACAGUUGUUCGAAGACUGUGAAGUUAGGACGUUAAUUACACGAUGACGAGUAAGCUAGCCACAUUAGCCUUUAGCAAUGCUAACUGUGACGUAGUAGCUGAAAGAGCAGCUCUUAGUAGCUGUGCAGAGACAUCGUACCAGUUGUAGUUUUGUUCUGUAUACAUUUCUGAAAUGUACUGAGUACUGUUAAAGGGUGUAAUUGUGAGUGUUAUAUGUUAUCAGCAUAAUUGUGUUUUGUAUUUGCUGUACUCUGUAGUUAAAAGUGGGAAAUGCUACUGCAGAUAUAAUUGCAAACUAGAGAUAAUGGUUAGAAUUGUAUGUAUUAUGCAUGUUAUAUUGUGUAUUGUAUAUGUUGUAUAUGUAAACUGUACUGGCAUUUGCAAUAAUUUCUUGAAAACAUCAUUACACACAUGAUCUGAG